UGCUAGGUUGUUAGUAGUCCGAUAUUACUGCUCUGAUUUCCAACUAUUUUUUUCUUCUUUAAAGAGAAAGUAAAUUGGCUGUCAGUGAACUAUGUUUUUUCCAAUUUGGUUUAAAUUUUAGACUGCCAUGUCUAAAGAGAAACCUUGUAUUACUAUGAACUUCAGAUAAUACAAAAUUUUCUGACAAAGAUAUUGACCUACAAGGCAACAGAAACACCCUAGAGAUUAUGAUGACUGCCUCAAAUCAACAGCAUAUGACAAUUGUCAAUCCUCCCCCACCAAAAUACAUCAAUACCCAAGGAACUGGCCGCUUAACAAAUCAGCUUCAAUAUUUGCAGAGAGUGGUUAUGAAAGUAAUGUGGAGGCAUAACUUUUCCUGGCCAUUCCAUCAGCCUGUAGAUGCUGCAGGCCUAAAACUUCCGGAUUAUUAUAACAUUAUUAAAAACCCAAUGGACUUGACUACAAUUCAGAAACGUCUGGAACACAAUUACUACACAUGCGCUGCAGAAUGCAUUGAAAAUUUUAAAACUAUGUUUGCAAACUGCUAUUUGUAUAACAAGCCCGGUGAUGACAUUGUUUUCAUGGCCCAAGAGCUAGAGAAACUCUUUAUGCAAAAAGUUGCACAGAUGCCACCUGAAGAGAAAAUAGUGGUGGUCAAUAAAGGAAAAAGAAAAGGGAAAAAAACAGAUGUGCUUGAGCAGCCUGAUGCAGUAAUCUCUCAGGUUAAACAAAGCCAACAGCCAAAAACGCCUAAGAAAGUAAAGCUGAUUCAGAUGAUGACACCAGCACCACAGCAAAAUAACCCAGAACCAUCACCUGUGACUCAGUCCUCAAAUGUUAUGCCAGCUACUGAAACGGUAACAAAAGGCGUAAAAAGGAAGGCUGAUACUACUACUGCAAUCAGCGUAGCAAGCAGUGAAUCCUCUCCAGCAUCCAAUGAAUCCAAAAUUGCAAAGAUCUCCUCUCAAGAAGAAUGCGAAGAAUUCUUAUCAAAAAGAGAUUUGCCAGACUCCCAACAACUACUCGAACCCAUAAAAAAUGUAAAGCUAACAGAGCCACUAAAAUACUGUAACGAGAUCCUUCUAGAAAUGCUUUCGAAGCAGCAUGCAGCAUAUGUUUGGCCCUUUUAUAAACCAGUAGACAUUACAGCCUUAGGUCUUGAAGAUUAUCGUGAUAUUAUUAAAUACCCUAUGGAUCUUGGAACUAUUAAAAGAAAAAUGGAAAAUUAUGAGUACAAAGAUACCCAAGAAUUUGCUGCUGAUGUUAGGUUAAUGUUCAUGAACUGCUACAGAUACAACUCUCCAGAUCAUGAGGUGGUAACAAUGGCAAGAAAACUCCAGGAUGUCUUUGAGAUGCAGUUUGCCAAAAUUCCAGAUGAACCGACUCCCUGUAGGCCUCUGCUGUACCCAGCUGCAAGAAGCGCAGCAUCUAUUUCUAGUGGAAGCAGUGAUGAUGCCUCCUCUGAGGACUCAGAAGAAGAAAGAGCAAGACGGCUUGCAGAACUCCAGGAUCAAGUUAAGGCUGUUCAUCAGCAGUUGCAAGCUUUGGCUAAAACAACUUUACCCAGACUGAAAAAGAAGAAGAAAGGAAAAUCUAAGAAGGAGAGAAGAAAAAACAAAGUCAGAAAGAAGUCAGGGAGUCAAAAGAAGAGAAAGAUGAAGCAAAUGAAGAAACUGAAGAAGAAAAUGUCUUUGAACAUUUCAAAGAAAAUCAAGCCGCAAGAUGAGCCAGCACACAAGUCUGAGGACGAGGAUAAUGCCAAGCCUAUGAGUUAUGAUGAAAAAAGGCAGUUAAGUUUAGACAUAAAUAAACUCCCAGGAGAAAAGCUUGGCAGAGUGGUUUAUAUUAUUCAGUCGCGAGAACCUUCACUGAGAUACUCGAAUCCCGAUGAAAUGGAAAUAGACUUUGAAACUCUAAAAGCAUCAACAUUAAGGGAACUGGAGAAAUACGUAAUGGCUUGUUUGAGAAAAAGGCCCAAGAAACAUUAUGCAAAAAAAUCAAAAGAGGAAUUUAAUUUUGAGAAGAAGCAAGAAUUAGAAAGGAGGUUGCUGGAUGUCAAUGGGCAGCUCAACUCUAAGAAGCAAAAUGCAAAAUCUGAAAAUAAUGCCGUGCCAAAGACCAUUGGAGGGCCAAGCCGGCUAAGUGACAGCAGUAGCAGCACCUCCUCAGACUCUGAUAGCACCAGCAAUGAUUCCAGCUCCUCCAACAGCAGUGAUUCUGAAUCAGAAAUGGGCUUAAAGCAAAAUGCAAAUGGGCAAAAGGAUUUAUUUUGUAGAGAGCAGCUUAAGAUGCCACUGCUUUAUCCAAAAAUGCCCUGCAAUAUUGUUCCCCAAGUAUGGAACACUUCACCUACUAGCAUGCAGUUUCCAAGAUCAACAGAAAUGAAGGUCCCUCACCAAGUACACCCCCAAGCUUUGCAGUGUACCCCUCUGAAACCGCAAGAGCAAAGCAUUCUCUCUCCUCCAGGUAUAGUGGCUGUUGUGUCCCCACUGCACUGUACUCCAAUUCAACAAGCAGGUCAGAGGACCUUACUGCCAGUGGCAGCCCACCCUGCCGUUAUCCAGUCUCCUCACAUGCAUUCAGAGGUGUCUUGUUCUUCCUCUUCAAAUAUCCUGUUCAGCAGUGCCAAAGAAGCUGGGAAAACAUCACUGCAUCAGGUGCAACCAUCUGCUCUCCAUACUAAAGGCUGUUUGGGAACGGCUGAUUCAAAACCUAUUAAUCAAGAACAAAAAUUGAAGACUAGUUUUCCAGAUGGUCCAUGUGGGCAACGUAUGACUGAUUCUGCAGAUGCCACUGUUCCAGCAAGCUACUCUGAUAACUGCGAGGGUAAAAAAAAAAGAGAUGCUAAACCUCAAAUUCCUCUAGCAAAGGACAUCAAAGUCAAGCAUGCAGAUUCCUGGACAAGUUUAGGUAGAAUGAUGCCUGCUCCAGUCUCAGUCAAAUCCUCCAAUGAAAGCUUCAGGCAGUUCCAAAAAGCAGCACUGGAAAAAGAAGAAAGUGAGUGGGCAAAGGAACGAAAAAGGCAAUUGGAACAAGCUGAGAGGAAACUGAAAAGCCUCCCUCAGGAAAAAGAGAGAAACCAUGGAAAAACAGAUUUGAAAUCUACUGCAGUGAAAGCAAGCUGUUCUCCCACAAAAGAGUCAUCCACAAAAGAGCAGCUAUGCUUGCCACAAAGUCUUGUUCUAGACCGUAGCUUGGCAAGAAAAAUGGAACAAGAGCGCAGGAGGAGAGAAGCAAUGGCAGGAACCAUUGAUAUGAAUUUUCAGAGUGAUGUUAUGGCAACAUUUGAAGAAACCCUGUAGUGAAAGGAAUGGAGGAUGGUAUAACUUGCGUUACAGUUCUUUAAAAGUAAUCUUGGAUUGAAGAAAAAUACUCCAUCCAUUGCCCGAUACCUCUGUUUUUGUUGAUAAUUCCAUCUGAAGAUUUGUUAAUCAUUUUUGAAGAGCCAGUAUAUUACUGCAAUAAGUUCAGUUUUUAUAAAACUUGUACCAUUAAAAUUGUAAAAGCUCUUGGAAACUUCUUGAUGUAAACCAUUUAUGAGGCAGUUUUCUGGACCUAGCCUCAGUUUUGAAAUACUAUUUCUGGACUUUUAAACCUUCUGUUUCAAAAUGUUUGUUUGAUAUGAGUGAUGCAAAAUAAACAAUAUAUUGCUUUGGGGGUUCAAAUUUGGUAUUUAAAAUAUAUCCAGGACAUGUAUAGGCUGAAAAAAUUGUUUUUGUAUUUAAACUACUUUGUUUAGCUUUGAUUUUUUUUGGCUAAUUUAUUUAAGUUGAAAUGUUCUUUGAAGUGGCAGGCUAAAAUGCUUUUUAGCUUAUUUAGUACUGAAGACUUGGAUUUUGGAUUUCUCUCUAUGCAUCAUUUGAAAGGAAAAAUAUCUGCAGUUAUUUUUCAUAGUAAAAAUCUGUAAAUAUGCAAGUAAUUUUUGUUUUUGUAUGUAAUAGAUUAUUUCU